CCUUUUUUCUUUAAUCUCUUUAUUAAAACACCAACCAGCUAAGCAUAAAAAAGGUAUGUUGUAGGUGGGUCCCCUGUUGUGUUCUUGUUGUUGAAAUUCUUGAUCAAAGUUGUUGGUAUUGAAUUUUAGAUUUUUGAGGAGUUUCCAAAGUAACAAAGUUUGAAGCAUGUGGAGGAACUAUGGAGCUUCUGCUGAUUCAUUCUAUCAGGUCCGUCCUGAAUGUGCUGAUGAUGUUCCUGAAACCAAGUUUAGAAUCAAGGUUGGGAAAACUUUAAGUUCAAGAAGAUGGCAUGCUGCAUUUACCCCCGAAGGUUAUCUUGAUAUAGGCAAAAUACUUGGUCGAGUUUGUCGUGGGGGAAUCCAUCCAUCAAUUAGAGGUGAAGUUUGGGAGUUCUUACUGGGCUGUUAUGAUUCAAAGAGCACAUUUGAGGAACGAGAGCAAUUACGACAACGUCGGAGGGUACAGUAUGCUGCAUUGAAAGAAGAAUGUCGUGGGAUGUUUCCCUUAAUUGGAAGUGGUCGGUUUAUUUCUGCACCUGUAAUCACUGAAGAUGGUGACCCUAUUCUAGAUCCUAUAGUUCUUCAAGAGUUGAAUGCGGCAAAAGAACCAACUUCAGCUGGUCAAGUUGGUCCAUCUGAUGGUUUUGAAUUGGUGAAGGAGCAUGACAAAAAAGUAAUCCAGUGGAAACUCUCAUUACACCAGAUAGGAUUGGAUGUGAUUCGUACUGACCGGACACUUGUCUUUUAUGAGAAACAAGAGAAUCUAUCAAAGCUUUGGGAUAUUUUGGCUGUUUAUGCUUGGUUUGACAAAGAAGUUAGUUAUUGUCAAGGAAUGAGUGAUCUUUGUUCUCCCAUGAUUAUUCUACUUGAUGAUGAAGCAGAUGCAUUUUGGUGCUUUGAACGUAUGAUGAAGAGACUGAGAAAAAAUUUCAGAGCUACUGGGAACUCUGUUGGAGUGGAGGCGCAGCUAAGUAAUCUAGCAUCAAUAACUCAAGUUAUCGAUCCCAAACUUCACCAGCACUUAGAGACAUUAGGUGGAGGGAAUUACGUGUUUGCUUUUCGGAUGCUCAUGGUUAUGUUCCGUCGAGAAUUUUCUUUCUCUGAUUCGUUAUAUCUUUGGGAGAUGAUGUGGUCUCUGGAAUAUGAUCCUGAGUUAUUUUUCAUGUAUGAAGAAGACCCUGACUUGACUGCUGAAAAUUCUGGACGAGCAAAAGUUAAGUCGAUACGUCAGUAUGGGAAAUAUGAGAGAGAGAACAUGAGAAGUGGAGGUAAAGAUACAGAAGCUCCCCUCCCAAUUUCUGUUUUCCUAGUAGCCAGCGUCCUGAAGGACAUGAGUGCGAAGCUAACAGAAGCUAGAGGACUGGACGAAGUUGUUAAGAUCCUGAAUAAUAUUACUGGACACUUGGAUGCCAGAAAGGCUUGCAGUAGCGCUAUGAAGCUUCACAAGAAGUAUCUUAAGAAGGCAGCCAACACUAAUAGGUAGUCGAGCAGAGGCGAGUACUAUGUAAUAUUCUCACUGAACUUAACGACAACAUCUUCUCAUUGCUGGCCAAGAAGGUAUGACAAGAAUCUAUAUUCAUAUGUUUUGGGCUGGUCGAUGAACAUUAGCUGUUUUUGCUACUGUAGUUAUGUUAUGAUGUGCUAAGACGUAAUUGUUGUAUUCAAUCCAAAUGUAAUGUACAAGGACACACUUUCAAAGUUUGUACUAUAAUCUCAGGAACAAAACAAUGUUCCAUAUUUGUAAGGGAUAGCUUCAAAUAUAUUAUAAUAAAUAUACUCAUGUUUUUAUAUA